AUGUAUACGUGCUGGAUACAGACCGGAGGGCCCUACAUCGACGUUCUCCUGGGCCGUCGCGACGGGCUCACCCCGGCAUCGGCGGACCUAGUCUUCACCAUACCAGCGCCCUCCUUCGACGUGCCCACCCUCAUCAGCUCCUUCGGCAACCGGAGCCUUGGCGUGGCGGACCUGGUGGCGCUCUCCGGCGCGCACACCUUUGGUGUCGCCCAUUGCCCCUCCUUCUCCGACCGCUUCACGCCGAUCAUCGACGCCAACCCGGCCAUCGGCCCCAUGUUCGCCAAGAUGUUAAAAGCCAAGUGCGCCAAGGACGUCCCGGAGGGCACCGUCACCCAGCCACUCGACGGGGCCACGCCAAAGGUGUUUGACAACGUCUACUAUAGCGACCUCAUCAACAGGCGUGGGCUGCUCAAGUCCGACCAGGGCCUCAUCGACCACCCAGACACCAAAGGCAUGGCCACGAGGUUCGCGCGCAACCAGUUAGUCUUCUUCGCGCAGUUUGCCAAGUCCAUGUUGAAGAUGAGCACUAUGGACGUGCUCACCGGCAGCCAGGGCGAGAUACGGCUGAACUGCGCCGUACCCAACGCACGUGCCGAGGGCAUCGAGACCGCUGGCAACGAGGGCCAUGCUUCCAACAUGUAAGAGGUCGAUUAAUAAGCUGCCAAUGGUAGCUCAAGUGUGCAUGUGUGCGCUUCCUCGUGUGUUUAGCAAUGGGUGUGUGGUAGUAUCAUGGUGCCAGUGGAUUUGGGCGUUUGUGGUGUUGUAAUAAAACGAGCGAGUGUCCUUCGCUUUGCUUUUAGAAACACAAUGUGCACCUGCCGGUGAAGUUUAGGAGUUUUUUCUUAAAGAAUGUAUUAACAUCACAGAGAUACAAAUUAAAUCCUGCCUCUCCAUGCACCUACAAGAUGUCGCAAAGAUAUU